UCGGCCUGCGGGGGGCGUGCUGUUCCGGCAGCCGGAGGGUUAACGCCCCUCUUCUCUGAUUGGCUGCUUCCUGCUAGCGGCGGCCCCGCCCACUGGCUCCACAGCGGACCCAGACUCUGCAGAGUCCAGCAGACGGGUCAGAACCAGGAGAUCCAACAUGGCCGAGUGUUCAGGAUGUGGACCCGGAUACCGCAGCCCGCUGGAUGCCAUGAAGGGACCCCGUGAGCGGAUCGUCUACCUGCCCUGUAUCUACCGCAGCACCGCGGUCCAGAAGCCCGACUACUUGGCCACGGUGGACAUCGACCCCGAGUCGCCCACAUACUGCCAGGUGAUCCACCGGCUGCCGAUGCCGAACCUGAACGAUGAGCUGCAUCACUCCGGUUGGAACGCCUGCAGCAGCUGCUUCGGUGACCCGACCCGAACCCGGAACCGGCUCAUCCUGCCGUCGCUCAUCUCCUCACGGAUCUACGUGAUCGACGUCGGAACCGAGCCCAGAGCGCCGCGGAUCCACAAGACGGUGGAGCCCAUCGAUCUGUACUGGAAGUGCGGCCUGGCCAACCCUCACACCAGCCACUGCCUGGCCAGCGGCCAGGUCAUGAUCAGCUGCAUGGGAGAGCCAGCAGGUGGCGGUAAAGGGGGCUUCGUCUUGCUGGACGGUGAGACGUUCGAGGUGGUCGGUAACUGGGAGCAUCCAGGUGAGGCGGCGCCGUUCGGCUACGACUUCUGGUACCAGCCCCGCCAUAAUGUGAUGAUCAGCACCGAGUGGGGGGCGCCCAAAGCGCUGGUCCACGGCUUCAACCCGGCCCACGUCAAGGAAGGUCUCUACGGAUCUGCCCUCCAUGUCUGGGACUGGACCACCCACAGGAAGCUGCAGACUCUGGACCUGGGAGAAGAUGGCGCCAUCCCUCUGGAGGUCCGCUUCCUGCACCGCCCCGACGCCACCGAGGGCUACGUGGGAUGUGCCCUGCGGGGAUGUGUCUUCAGGUUCUACAGAACCCCGAAAGGCGACUGGGCCGCAGAGAAGGUGAUCAGAGUUCCCAGUAAGAAGGUGGAGGGAUGGAUGUUACCUGAGAUACCAGGCCUCAUCACCGACAUCCUGCUCUCGUUGGAUGACCGCUUCCUCUACUUCAGCAACUGGCUCCAUGGUGACAUCAGACAGUAUGACAUCACAGACCACAGGAACCCUCGAUUGGUUGGACAGGUGUUCCUGGGAGGAAGCAUCAUCAGAGACGGACCAGUCAAAGUCCUGGAGGAUCCAGAAAAGCAGGAGCAGCCGGCUCCUUGCAUCAUCAAGGGGAAGCGUGUCCCUGGAGGUCCCCAGAUGCUGCAGCUCAGUCUGGACGGUCGGAGACUUUACGUCACCACGUCUCUGUUCAGCGGUUGGGACAAGCAGUUCUACCCGGACAUGAUGAGAGAGGGCUCGGUGAUGAUGCGGAUCGACGUGGACGCGGAGCGGGGCGGUCUGUCCCUCGACCGGGACUUCCUGGUGGACUUCGGUCAGGAGCCCGACGGCCCGGCUCUGGCCCACGAGCUGCGCUACCCGGGGGGCGACUGCACCUCCGACAUCUGGGUCUGACGCCCCGACGGAUGGAGGAGCGCUUAUCAACAGGGGGCGCUGUGGGGGGAGAGUUGCUAGCUGAUCCUGGUUGGAGGAAGAGAGGGUCAAAUGUUUCUGCCAUGAGCUGAAAAGCCUCUGAAUAAAUCAGAUUUACCUUCUGCCUCCAGAA